CCUCUAAUUCCUGAUGGCUUUUUCUCCUCCCACGACUGAGAGGUAAUAUAAAAGGAACCUGCAGAACCUCCAGAGAGCUGAUUACACUUGGAUGCUGCUGGGAGAAGAUAUCCACUCACUGAGAUAAGAUUGUAGAAACCCUGAAAAUCCAAGGGGGUUUAUUUGUUAUUUUAAGGUAACUUGUUCUACGAUGAGGAUGCUGAAUGUGGACCUACUAUUUUUAAGCUUGUGGCUUGCUCUGGGAACUGGAUACAGUGCUGCUGAGAAGAAACAAUAUCAAAUCCAAAAUGGCCCUUGCAGCUAUACAUUUCUGCUUCCUGAGCAGGAAAACUGCCAAACUCAGUAUAACAACUACAACUACCCUGUCCAGAAGGAUGGACCUACGGACAAUGAGUCAAUUCAGAGGCUGGAACAACUGGAGAUCAGCAUGGAGAACAACACGCAGUGGUUGCUUAAGCUAGAGAGCUACAUACAGGACAGCAUGAAGCAGGACAUGUUCCAAAUCCAACAGACCGCUGUACACAAUCACACAGCUACGAUGAUUGAAAUUGGGACAAACUUGCUAAGUCAAACUGCUGAGCAAACAAGGAAACUCACCAAUGUGGAGGCACAGGUCAUUCAUCAUACAACCCGGCUUGAGCGCCAACUUCUUGAAAAUUCCUUGUCAACCAACAAGUUGGAAAAACAACUAAUCUCUCAAACAACUGAAAUCAACAAACUGAAUGAUAAAAACAGUUUUCUAGAGAAGAAAGUAAAGGAGAUGGAGGAGCAGAGGCAGGUGGAGAUGAAGAUGCUUCAAGAAGAGAAGGAGCAGCUCCAGACUCUAAUACUCAAGCAGACAGCCAUCAUCGGUGAGCUGGAGCAGCAGCUGCUCAAAGUCUCGACCAACAAUACAGCCAUACAGCAUCAGCAGCAGGAGCUACUGGACACUGUGAAUAACCUGAUUUAUACCAUUGCUGCUGGCACCGCUCGAGAGACAAAAACUUUCAUGAUGCGGGACACUCCUACCACAUUCAUGGACUGUGCUGCUGUCUACAAGUCAGGGAACUCCAACAGUGGCAUCUACACCCUAACAUUACCCAACAGUACAAUGGAAGUUAAGGCUUUCUGUGACAUGGAGACAGAAGGAGGCGGCUGGACGGUUAUACAAAAACGCUUUGACGGCCGUGUUGACUUUCACCGUACGUGGCAAGAGUACAAAAAGGGGUUUGGAGAACCUUCGGGAGAAUUCUGGUUAGGAAAUGAAUUUGUCUCCAGACUGACAAAUCAACAGUCCUACAAAUUAAGGAUCCAGUUGAGUGACUGGGAAGGAAACUCUGGAUUCUCACAAUACGACCAAUUUUCUCUUGACAAUGAAGCACAAAAUUACAAGAUACACCUUAAAGGCUACAGCGGAACGGCAGGCAAAAUAAGCAGCAUUGGGCAGCCAGGAAGUGAAUUCAGUACAAAGGAUGCAGACCAUGACAAAUGUGUUUGCAAAUGUUCACAGCUGACAACAGGAGGCUGGUGGUUUGAUGCCUGCGGUCCAUCCAACUUGAAUGGGAUGUACUACCAACAGGGGCAAAACUCCAAUCGCUUCAACGGGAUCAAAUGGUACUACUGGAAAGGCUCAGGCUAUUCACUGAAGACCACUACGAUGAUGAUCAGACCAGCAGACUUCAUGGGCUCCCUUUGAACUCUCGGAUUAAACAAAGUGGGAAGGAGAUUCUGCUGGGCAACAAGCAACAAACAACAAGACCAAAACUAAAAAUUCUCAAGGGAGCCAAAACACUUGCAUCUUCAUGUGGUAGAUUUUAAAAUAUGGACAGUCACAGCAAUACACAUAGCUGUAGUAUGUACAAUUAUAUGAACAGUAAUUAAAUUUAGUAACAGAACUUGACUGAUAUAUUGGCCAGCCGAUAUUAUUGGCUGAUAUUAGCAAUUUGACAAUAUUGAUAUCUGCAAAUAAUAUAAGUCGGGCUUUAUUUAAUAAUAUCAGCUUCCUAAUCAGAUUAAUUUAAUUCCUUGAAUCAUUUUAAUAUUUUAACAGUUUAACUAUGUUUUGAGUACCAGCUGCCAGUGUCAUUGUAGAAAACAGACGAUGGUACAAUAUGCUGAUAAACAUCUGGUGAAAAUGAUUUGUUUUUUUUGUGUUGUAAACAUUUUUCAAAAUGUAAAUGUUCAUGUAAAAAUACCACUUAUAAUAACACUGUUUUGCUACAGAGAAUAUAUGUACAUUUGUUGUUUAAUUUAUGAGUAGAUUUUAAGGUUGAUAUUAAACUUUAUUAUAUAAGAAAGGAGCUUUGCUAUAGCUAGUUAUUAAUUUUAUUGCACAUAAAGUGAAAUUAUUUUAAUAUAAUUCUAGAGUACCUUCCCACAUGCUCAUAUAUGAAGAUAAUCUUUUUGCAGUUUUGCAGGGAAUGUAUGUUUUUAGGAUGUGUUUUUAUGUAAUGGUUCUUUUGAGCUACAACAAGCAAACUUUGUGAGAAAAAUUAGACAAAUGAGAAAGCCUCAUUUUUAACCCAUCAACACUGGCUUAAGGAGAUUUGAUUGCAAUGCUUGAGCAGCUGUUAUAUACCUGAAAUUGAAUGUUUAAAAUCAUCCACGAGGCAGUGAUUCUACUUUGUACUGGGUGACAUAAUAGUUAAGCCUCAGUCCAAUGAACAAGAAUGAACAGCCUGGUGGAUGCUGAACU